UAUUGUUAUGCAAAGUACUUGAAAGAAUCAGAGGAAAUCAGAAAACAACCAAUCAAGUUUUCUGAAAUGGCAAGCAAAUACUACAACUAUCUUACAAAUCAAAUACAACUCAGUACUUUCAAGGGUACAAAAUAUUUCUGUGAAGUAUAUAUAAAAAGAUACAUGGACUCCUCGAUAAAAGAUUGUAAAGAAUCACUAAAUAAAUAUUAUAUAGAAAAUGAUGAAACGGCUUUAAACAAUUUCUGUGUAACACAUCAGCUUCUAUUACCUUUGAAAGGAAAGAAAAUUAUUGAAGAUAACAUUUUUAUUAAGGAAUAUCAUAAAUACCACCUUAUUAUGGCUUUCUGGUUUCCUUUACUAGAUCCACUAGCAUGGUGUAGAUAUGAUAAAAAUGCCAAUGAUCUUAGUCAUAGUGUUGAUUUUCAUUCAACAUUUGCAUCAUUAACAGUGCCACCAUUUCAUGAUGAUUCUUGAUGUAUUUGGAUCAACCUAAAUUAUAACUAAUAGCAGUUGUUCAAAAUAGUUAUAAUUGAAUAAGAAUAUAUAUUUAAGUAAUAAAAUACUA